AGGUUUGUGUUGUGUCCCCCCUCAUGCUGUUCUGCACUGGGAGAAUCAGGGAAGGAAUGGCUGAGGUGAUUCACACAUGAGUCAACAGCUAUCAGCUAUAUAAGCCUGACCACUCAUGGAGCCUGGGUAUCAUACAAUCCUCACAUCUCAAAGCAGGUAUUGCAGUAUUGCCAAGAUAAAGACCACCAUAUACAAGAACCAUGUAUUCUCCAGUUCUUCUCUACACCUGCUUUUUGAGCAUUCUUGGUAUGAUUGAUGGCCGUUCGAUCCCUAUUCAUCAGGAUAACCUCAAAAACUUGGUCAAACUACAGGCAGACACCAUCAUCCACAGAAUUAAGGAACACAAUGAGAAGCUAAAACUGUCUCCAAAGAUCCUCAUUGGGGAUUCAGAGCUUUACCCCGAGGUUCCUGCUGAUAAACCUAUCCAAGGGCUUGGGUCCAUCGUGGACACCCUAACUACCUUCCAGAAGAUUCUUCAAACACUGCCCAAGGGGCAUGUGAGCCAGUUACACAAUGAUAUGUCCACCCUUUUGGAAUACUUUAAAGACAGGAUGACAUUUAUGCGUUGCACACUAAAGGAGCCAGCCAAUGGGAAGUCACUGGACACUUUCAUAGAGAAGAACGCCACCCACCACAUUACUUUUGGGUACAUGGCUUUAGACAGACUGAAACAGUUCAUGCAAAAGCUGAUAGCUAAUCUUGACCAGUUGAAGAGCUGCUAAUCUGCCACUAUUAUAGCAUUACGGUAUACUAUUUAUUAUAUUUAUUUAAAACCCUGUAUAUUUAUAGACCAAAGUAUUUUUUGGCACAUUUUAAUGUACAAACAAAUUUAAAAAUUAUUUCCUGCUAUUAAACAGAAAGCCAGAAAUGUUGCUUGCGACAUCAUGGUGCGCCAAUCAAUUUGUCCUUACGAUGUAAACAAACACUAGCAAUCUGAUACCUGCACACAUUGCCAUGUCAUACUUCAUGCUGUUUGCAGGAUGACAUCAGCACUUGCUGCGCUUGCUCAAUGAUGUCACUGUUUACCAGAAGCAGCGAGGUCAGACUCUGCUGGGAAGCUGGAAUUAUGUUCCCACUUCUUGCUGCAACACCAGCAAUGUAGGACACACACCAAAAUAUAUAUAUAUUUUCCUACACAGUUUGAAUCUAUGCACUUUAAAUAUCCUGUGAUUGUAAAUAGUUUUGUAUUUGUAUUUUUCCAUAAAAAUAAACCAAUAAAAUAAAUUUAUUGUA